UCCUCCACUCUGAUCCGACCCAUGUUGCUCAGGUCGAAUGUUUGGAGGCGAUGGGCGGGGCCACACAGUGAACAGGAGCUGCUGCUCUCCUCCUCAUAUCCCUGUUUCAGCAACAUCAGGAUGACAAUCAUUGCUGAAGAUGACGGAGAUCCGGAGUGAUGGACUGACACAGGUUCGGAUGAUUGACAGGCCCACGACCCAAUAGGCACGAUGAUCGCUACAGGUGGGCUGCUGAGAAUUUCGCGGCGCCAGGAUUCGCUGCGAUCCAAGAACCGUGCGGAGAACAAGAAGAAGAGGAAAGCCAAGAAAAAACGAAAGAACGACGUUGUUGUGGUGAAAGGAAAAGUGAAGCUGUGCUCCGUCUCGGGGCUGGUGGCGGCGCUCGGCGUUUUGAUCCUACUAGUCGGCAUUGCCAUGGCCGUACUGGGAUACUGGCCUAGAGAUCCCACGGAUCGCGCGGAUGCGGCGGCGCGGCGAGCGAAACAGGCUAACCUCACGAGCAAUAACAUGAUGGUGGUGGCCGACAGAAACUCUUCGUCACGUUCACUCGGCUUCUUCCACAGUCUGUUUGCGGGUUACUUAUACUCGGAUAAUCUCAAAGUCUUCGGGCCUCUAGUGAUGGGCAUCGGGAUUUUCCUCUUCAUCUGCGCAAAUGCCGUCCUGCAUGAGGAUCGUGACAAGAAAACUAAAAUCAUAAAUCUGAGGGAUAUUUACUCUACAGUCAUAGACAUUCACGGUUUGCGCGCCAAAGACUGCGUCCCGUUCAACGGCCUCAUCAGUUACAUGCAGUCCAGGAGCGUCGAGGGAAAAGCGGGAAACCACAGGCGUCCGUCGUGCGUGAGAAAAUGCGCAAAGCGCAAGUCGUCGAUUUAUAGUAUAUCCCGAGGAUCCGAGGAAACGCAGUGGGAGACGGGCUCCAUCGUCACGUCGUCCGUUAACGCGUUCACCUUACCCGUCAUCAAACUCAACAACUGCGACAUGCAGGAGCACGACAUCUCGCGCCGCAGGAGCUGCUCCGCCGCGCUGGAAACCCGAGCGCAGGUGUCAAGGACGCGCAUGUCGCUUUCCCAGGAUUCCAAGCUCGACGUGGCUGCGGCGGGGAGGCGGGUCACGGGGUCGCGCCUGUCCCUGAACGCGCUGUCGGAUCCCGGCUCUCGGGAUGAACGCUCGCGGAGGUUCAGCUGUCCCAGACUGGAGCGCUCGGGCAGUAAGGGCUACAUUAAACUGGGAGAUUCGCUCGCAGGUGUCGGAAGAAGUGAGGAUAAAGAGACACACACACUUCCAAACUGCAGCCCCUAAAAACACCUUUAAAUGUCUGAAUGUCACUGCGGAUGAUGCUUGCUAACAAACCACAAACAAACAAACAAAUACUGACUGUCUUCAUCUGCUGGUUUAUCAGUUCAGAUUAAACAAACAUGUGUUUGUGCAUCUUUCUCGACAGUAUAAAGACUCCAAAAUCAUCACAUUCAUACAUUUAUAAGUGUGACUGAACAGAUUCACUGCAAAAAAUGAUACAGUACAAAUAUCUAAACAUUCUUGAAUCCAGAUACAUUUACUGGAGAAGCAAAAUUGCUUUUUUAAAAAUGAGAAUUGGGUCAGAAAAAUACACUUAUUUCAAAGAAACAAUGUGUUUUAUUUUACUGACUCCAUUGGCAGAUAUUUGUUCUUGUUUUAAAGCGGACCUAUAAUGCCUCUUUCACAAGAUGUAAUAUAGUCUCUGGUGUCUCCAGAAUGUGUCUGUG